UCAAUCCAGAGCCAUCAUUUCUCUUUCCUUUCCCGGUAAUUUUUGUAUAACCGUCACCGCCCCGGCCCCGACCAGUCUAGGGCUUCGGAGAUCCUUUCCACUCUAUCUGCAAUGGCGGCCUGUCACACAGAAGAAGAAGAGUCGGAAUACGGGGUCCUAUUGUACUACAAGUACACGGCUGUUCCGGAUCUCGACAAUCUCUUAUCCUUCUACGACUCCAACUGCCGCUCUCUUGCCCUCCUUGGCCGCGUUCGCCUCUCUCCUUCCGGCGUUAACGUCACCGUUGGCGGUAAGCUAUCAUCGCUGGAGAGGCACAUAGCCGCUGUCAGCUCGAAUGGGUUGUUCGAGGGUACUGACUUCAAGCUCGCGUCUUGUCAUCAGCCGUCCAAUAACAGGGUUGCCAGGGAAUGUGGAUUCACUUCUUUGUCAAUCCGAAUCGUCAAGGAAUUGGUUACCUUCAGUUGUCAUCCUUUUCUGAAAUCUCCAGAAGUUUCCAAUGCUGGGAGGCAUCUUUUGGCAUCUGAGUUCCACUCUGUUCUUCAGCAUGCUGGAAAAAAUCUAGAGAAAGAGAGACCAGGAGACCAUAAAAGCUUUGUUCUUUUGGAUGCAAGGAAUUUAUAUGAGACUAGGAUUGGAAAAUUCUGUGCACCAAAUGUUGAAAUUUUGGAUCCCAAAAUUCGGCAGUAUAGUGAUCUCCACUCCUGGAUAGAUAAAAACUCUGAGCAAUUGCGUGGCAAAUCUGUCCUCAUGUAUUGUACUGGCGGAAUUAGAUGUGAGAUGGCAUCAGCGUAUAUUAGAUCUCAAGGUGAUGGUUUUGAGAAUGUCUUUCAGUUAUUUGGUGGGAUUCAGCGUUAUUUGGAACAAUUUCCAGAUGGUGGAUUUUUCACUGGAAAGAACUUUGUUUUUGACCACAGGGUUUCAGUUGGAAGUUCAGACACAAAAGUUCUAGGCACCUGCCUUUUCUGUAAUUCUCAAUUUGAUGAUUAUUCUUCACGGAGUCGAUGUACUUUCUGUAGAAUGCUUGUUUUAGUCUGCUAUAGUUGCCAGAGGAAAGGUUUGCAAUACGUUUGUGAGCUGUGCCAAAAGAAUGGUAAAAUUGUUGGCCCAUUACCACUAAUUGAAGAGGAUGGAUCAAAAGAAUUGUCCGUACCAGUUGCACCCAAGGUUAUUCCCACCUCAGGUCACUCCGCAUUAUCACCUUUGCUCCCUUGGAGACAUGGUACCAGGCCUUUAAGAAAACUCAGGCUUUUGUGCUUGCAUGGUUUCCGGCAGAAUGCCUCUGGUUUUAAAGGGCGAACAGCAUCAUUAGCCAAGAAACUCAAAGACAUUGCUGAGCUUGUUUUUGUCAAUGCACCUCAUGAGUUACCAUUCAUUUAUCAACCAUUUGGUGGAUCAUCUUCAGUGGCAGAAAGUCAUCCCCUGCCAUCAAAGAGCUGCAACAAGAAGUUCGCAUGGUUUAUUGCCCCUAAUUCAAGUGGGAAGAGCAAUGCUGACUGGACAAUGGCAGAUGGUCCAUUUGAUCCUCAGCAGUACCUGCAGCAGACUGAGGGGUUUGAUGCAGCAUUAGAAUAUUUGAAGAAUGUAUUUUCACAAGCAGGUCCAUUUGAUGGGAUAUUAGGAUUUUCACAAGGAGCUGCAAUGGCAGCUUUGAUCUGUGCACAUCAAAAAUUGCUGAAGGGUCAAAUAGAUUUCAGAUUUGUUAUUUUGUGCUCUGGAUUUGCUCUUAAAUUAGCAGAUCAUGAGGAAGGAAUCAUCCGCUGCCCUUCUCUUCAUAUUUUUGGCAGUGAUCGAGGUAAUGACAAGCAGAUAAAUAACCUAGCCAGCAGAGAGCUUGCGUCUUUGUUUCAUGAUGGUUGUUCAGUAGUUAUUGAACAUGAGUUUGGUCAUAUAAUUCCCACGCGAUCUCCGUAUAUUGAUGAGAUCAAAGAGUUUCUUCAUCAGUUUCUUUGAGUUGGACUUUCCAGGUGUUUUGAUGAGUUGCAUGAGCCCUUGUCACUGCAUUAAUAAGUAUGGUGAAUUCGGCUUGCAGCGGUUCACUAAUCCAAACUUGGUGCCCUGCUCUCUUCAAUGUUAGCUUUGUUAUUCUGGCGAGUUGUGUGUGUUUAUUGGGGGUGUGCUUUGCAAGUGUCAAAUAUUGACAUGCAAUUGCCUCCUUGGGAUGGCUAGUGUAGGAUUUUGAAAGAUUCAGUCGUAAUAUCGAAUACUGCCAAAAUGUGCCUUGUAGCUGAAUACAAUUAGCUUCUGAAUUCUAAUAGAUGUUUGUACUUGUGUUCUACUUGUUAA